AACAUCAGGCGAGAUCCUGCGAGAUCCCACGUUGGGGGACAACGCAAUGCGGCAUGACGACGGGUCAGCCGUUUUGUGUCGUUUUGUCAAUGACAAAGGGUCUCCACAAAAGCUUCGCGAAUCCCGCUGAGUACCCUCUCUUCGUCUUCAGUUACUUCCAGCACGUCUUCGCGAGGCUCCUGGACGCGUUAGGGGAUGGCCAAGCAUAGCCAGAUACAAGAGGUAGAGGAGAUCGAUUUACAGACGUAUGAUCAUUCGCUCAAACCUUUGGUCCCGAAUCGGUUAAACAGCGAAGGCUCACCGACCACUCAGAACUACGACGAUAUACCCAAGUACAAUUACAGGACUGCAACAAAUCUCUCUGAGCUCGAGGAGCCUGCUGCAACCAACGAUUCCAGCCAGCAGGGUCCAGGCAUUACCCUCUCCGUUAUUCUUCUAACGUCAUGCGCUAUAAUACCAGCUUUCAUGGGGGCAAUGUUUUAUAUAUCCAUCGGGUUCAAGGCCCCCGAUGGUGUAUAUCACUCUAAUGGGACUUUCGUUCGCCCCAUCUCUGAAGGCGCUAUCAUCGGCGGUGUCGACUCGUUUAUUACAGCGCACUUCUCGCCUCUAUUGGUGUCUUCCAUCGCCAGCUCCGUAAUAGGCGUCGUUUCGCCGUUCGUUAUGUGUCUGGUCGCGUACCAUCUCGCUGUCUCGUGGCUUAUCGCCUCAUUCGCGCACCCAAGUAACCUUCCAACACCUCAGCAAUAUUAUCACACGCUCAACCUCGUCACCAACGUCUCACCCACUUCCAUACUUCCACUCCUGAGCUAUGCCAUACGCCACAUCCGCCUCUUGCUCUCACCACGGACUACUCCUCGACCCACAUCCCCCGUACUCAAAAUCGCGGCCGUUGGCGCCAUCGUUGUUCUCUCCGUCACCUGGGCCAUACGACUCAUAGACAUCGUUCUCCACGAACAAAUCAUCUCCACUAUCCUCUACGUUCCGAACCAUUCCAGAGUUUCUUAUCCUGGACGGGUUUCCAUUGCGCCCGAUUGCCUGACCACGACGACGGACAACUGCGCUGUGAUCAACCGAACAAAUACAGCCAGCCUUGGCGGACUAAACCAGUCCACGAUUUUCAAAGUCUACGAGCAUGGCUCUUCCGACCCCUCUCGCAACCAAAGUAUCGCCUUCAUUGGACCCGCAGACGUCGCCAGCCAUACCGAUCUCAACUACACAUCGCAUACUUUCGCUGCCUCUACGGAGUGUCAGGUUUUUCACCCUGCCUGCUACGUCGAGAAUCAGGUUAUACAAUACUGCUACCCGACUUAUGCAGUCGGUGAUCCAGAGCCUGUCAUCAGCAACUGGAACUCGUUUGUGUGGAGAGUGGGGUUUAACACCUCGGCUUGGCAAAUGAGGCUGCAAACGUUCUUGACGUUGAAAGGCAAUCUGACGGAACCCACUAAUUCUCUGACAAACGGUGCGAACUUGAACCCCUUUACGACGGGAAGUUUUGGAUGUUUCGCGGAUUACUCUUCCAUACCCUAUAACGACACGAGUAGCAGCUUCAAGACGCCGUUCAUUAACUGGUGGACCUAUGGAGCGGGCAUCGGCAACAAACCCUACAUUCUCUGCUCUAUUUCGCUCUGCAACACCACAGUUUACGACGCCGAAUAUACCCUCUUCAAUGGCACGCUCACCCUCGACAACUCUACCUUCUCCAAAUCGAAUGCCUCUGCCGCCAUCGCGGUCUCAUCUGCCGGACUCUACCUCGGUACCGGCGAUACAAACUACUACCAGUGGGGCUCCCGCUUCCUCGACGACCAGAUCCAGCUAGAUCUUUCAUCCGCAGGGAACACUUAUGGCAAUUCGACAUCCGAAUUUCCGGCUGCAUGGGCGCAAGCUUUUAGCAAUAGAUAUCUCGGAUGGUCGGCAGGGGCAAUCACGAUGGAUAAAGUGGACGCGGAGAGUAGGAGUGCGGAACUGGCAUUACAGAUACCUUUGGGGACGACACAUGCCUUCGCUGCGCUACACUUCGCCUACGCGUUCGGCAUCGUCGUACUGGGUAUUUCGUGCUUGGCAUUGCCGAAGAGCAAGAGAUGGGGGUGGAAUAGGUUGGGUGCGAGUCCGGGGAGUUUCAAUGCGCAGGAUCUGAGGUCAGCGCAGGUCAGAGUGUCGGACACAUCGCUGCUCGUGCACGAGUUGUCUUCGAGGCCAGGAGCUGUACGUGGAGAGUUGAGGCGGAGGGAAUUGGGUGGAUAUGCGGAUGGUUAUACCGGAUUGAUGGAGAGUGCGAGCGACUCGGGACGAGGGACGAGUGGGAGUGGUGACCUGCGCGUGUGUUUAGAGAGGCGAGACAACGGUGGCCUUGGGUUCGAUUUCCGGAAACGCAUUUGA